GACAAAAGCCGAAAGCGAGAAGGGCGCGGGCCGCACACCGCGGCCAGGAGGAAGCCGUCUGGGCAGCGAGCAGCGGGUGCAGGGAGGCCGCCGUGCACGGGGCGUCGGGUGGGCAGGCAACAUGGGGAAGGGGGGAAACCAGGGCGAGGGGGCCCCCGAGCGCGAGACGACCAUGCCCACCUACAGCUGGGAGGAGAUUCAGAAGCACAACCUGCGCACCGACAAGUGGCUCGUCGUCGACCGCAAGGUCUACAACGUCACCAAGUGGUGCCACCGGCACCCGGGUGGCCACCGGGUCAUCGGGCACUACGCGGGAGAAGAUGCUACGGAUGCCUUCCGGGCCUUCCACCCUGACCUGGACCUUGUGGGCAAGUUCCUGAAGCCCCUGCUGAUCGGCGAGCUGGCCCCAGAGGAGCCUAGCCUGGACCGCGGCAAGAACUCUCAGAUCACCGAGGACUUCCGGGCCCUGAAGAAGACCGCUGAGGACAUGAACCUGUUCCAGACCAACCACCUCUUCUUCCUCCUCCUCCUGGCCCACAUCAUUGCCAUGGAGAGUGUCGCCUGGUUCACCAUCUUUUACUUUGGCAACGGCUGGAUCCCCACCGUCAUCACAGCCUUCGUCCUGGCUACCUCUCAGGCCCAGGCUGGAUGGCUUCAACACGACUACGGCCACCUUUCUGUCUACAAGAAGUCCACCUGGAACCAUAUUGUCCACAAGUUCGUCAUCGGCCACUUAAAGGGUGCCUCCGCCAACUGGUGGAACCAUCGCCACUUCCAGCAUCACGCCAAGCCCAACAUCUUCCACAAAGACCCGGACGUGAAGAUGCUGCAUGUGUUUGUCCUGGGCGAGUCGCAGCCCAUUGAGUACGGCAAGAAGAAGCUGAAGUACCUGCCCUACAACCACCAGCACGAGUACUUCUUCCUGAUUGGGCCCCCACUGCUCAUCCCCAUGUACUUCCAGUAUCAAAUCAUCAUGACCAUGAUCGUCCGCAAAGACUGGGUGGACCUGGCCUGGGCCAUCAGCUACUACGCCCGUUUCUUCUUCACCUACAUCCCUUUCUACGGAAUCCUGGGAGCCCUCCUUUUCCUCAACUUCAUCAGGUUUCUGGAGAGCCACUGGUUUGUGUGGGUCACACAGAUGAAUCACAUCGUCAUGGAGAUUGACCUUGAAUCCUACCGAGACUGGUUCAGCAGCCAGCUGGCUGCCACCUGCAACGUGGAGCAGUCCUUCUUCAACGACUGGUUCAGCGGGCACCUCAACUUCCAGAUCGAGCACCACCUCUUUCCUACCAUGCCCCGGCACAACUUGCACAAGAUCGCCCCGCUGGUGAAGUCCCUGUGUGCCAAGCAUGGCAUUGAGUACCAGGAGAAGCCGCUGCUGAAGGCGCUACUGGACAUCAUCAGGUCCCUGAAGAAGUCUGGGGAGCUGUGGCUGGAUGCCUACCUCCACAAAUGAGGCCGUAGCCCUUGGGCAUCCACCAGGAAGAGGCGCCUGGGUGACGGCCACAGGGAGGGGUGGGCUUCUGUUCCGAGGGGUGUCCGUGAGGCUGGGGUACACGCCGGCCCAUGCACCCCAUGCUUGGUCUUUCUUCCUUUCUCUUCUUUCCCUCCCCUGCUGCCACCACCCCUGCCCUCGGUGGGCCCCAGCCCUCCCCCUGCUGCCUCCCAGCCCCUUCUCCCACAGAGCAGAGAGGUGGCCCCAGGAGGUGUCUCCAUCCCUCGCUGCAGCCUCUGCCUCUGGAGAUCUGAGGAUACCAGAGACCCAGGGGUCGGGCCCGGACUCCCCUCUUGACCCAGCCACCAGGGUCACACUCCCCGCUGUUGUCCCGCGACUCCUGGGUCCGUGGGGCAGGGUGCUAGCCGGGUAAAGCUCCCUGGCCCCCUGGGCCUGGCGCUGCUCUCCCUGACGGCCGCUGGUGACGUGCCUGUUGUAGGAAGCUGUGCCUUGUGCUCCGGGUCUCCCUCCCAAGGCUGGGAUGGGCACCUGGGCCCUUCUGCCUGCUGCCCAGGGCCCUGGGUUCUGCAGCGCAGCCGGCUUAGACCUCGAGGUCCAGGGCAGUGUGCUCGACAGCGCCCACUGGAGCUCCCUGCCUGGGGCUUGUGCAGGUGCCGGCCCACCACCGCCCCCACUCCAGGGCACUGGACCUCAGGACCAGAGGGGCUUACUACCCCCAGCCCCGCCCCCGUGGGCACAGCAGAGGCCUCUCCCACCCGGCGAGGAUCUUUGUCCUGAGAUUCUCGAGCAACCAGACCUUCUCCAAAAUGUUCCAUUGCCCGCUGGGCAGUGCCAGCCACUCCCCAGAGGCCACCAGCACCACAAGGUCUCGGCACAGCGUGGGGCUGUCCGCGCUGUCUCUGUGUCUUUGCUGUCCUUACUGUGACUGUGUUUUAACCUUUUGCUGCAGGCUGCACUCGGAGAGGAGGGUGGGACGUGGGCUUUUCCCCAGGCGCCCCUGUGGGCGGAGGUGGGGACACACACCGGGCCAUGGGGACUGGGGGCUGCUGCUGUUAGGAGGACUGGGCAAGCGGAGAGGGAGGGAGUCUGAGGAGGAGGUGACCCUGGGGUGCCAGGGAAAUGGGGGCCCAAUGAGGGCCAUGCGGAGCUGAGAAGAGGAAGAGGAGGUGGGGGCUGGAGGCCGGGGCAGCUGAGGGGAGGGGGACGAGAGAGAGGGAGGGAGGGGUCCGAGCUGCUGCUUUCCAUGAUCUAACCCACUAACCCAUGACCCUUAGAUUCAGGGGAGGGGCGGGGCGAGAACACCGGAGCAUGGGGGCACCUGGGGCAGGACUUCUAGUCCCCCAGCCAGCCGGGAGGGACCAGUGAGUGUCUGUCUCCAGGUUGUCAUGACAACAGCGGCCCCAGCCAGGCCCAGCCAGGGCCUGCCUGCUCCCCCAGGGGCAGAACAACUCCCCUGGAAACUGCUCUUAAUUUCUACCAUGUUGCUUCCCCACCCCUAUGGUUUUUUGGAAAUAAAAGAAGCAAUUUUCUUC